CUUCAAUCCAUUUAAGGGGCUUAUUUUUGCUGAUCACCCUUAACGUUGUCGCAGCAGGAUGUCACUCGUAGCCUUGUUUUUUCUUUUGAUCUCCCUUUUCCUCAAAUAUUGUUCCUUGAAUACAUAUAUUUUACAAAGUAUAUUAACUACUAGUAUCUAAGCCAAUCAUGGGGCAGCAAUGGAGCAACCUAUUUCCUCCAGCGCCUCGAUUUACCGAGGAGAAUCUCUCUGACCAGAAAGGAAAGGUCUUCAUCAUCACAGGCUCAAGUGGAGGGAUAGGAAAGCAACUAGCAGCCAUCCUGUACGGACGAAAUGCCACGGUCUAUGUAGCGACACGCUCGAAACAAAAGGCUGAAAGCGCAAUCUCCGAGAUCUCACAGACUUAUCCCGACUCUAAAGGCCAGCUAAUCUUUCUGCACCUGGAUCUCGGUGACUUGACCACGAUUCGGAAAUCGGCCGAAGAAUUCCUCAAGAAAGAAUCUCGAUUGGAUGUUCUCUGGAACAAUGCCGGCGUCAUGGUGCCGCCAGCAGGAUCAAAAACGGCACAGGGAUAUGAGCUGCAACUGGGAACGAACAAUAUUGGACACUUCCUGUUCACGCAUUUUCUCCGCCCGGUCUUGAAACAGACUGCAGAGUCGUCUCCGAAGGGGUCUGUCAGAGUGGUGUGGGUGUCUUCUAGCAUGGCGGAGAUAGCUCCGAAGCCUGCUAUUGAUUUCUCAAAUAUGGACUACCAUCGAGAUGAGAAUCAAUGGAGGAAAUACGCUCGAAGUAAAGCCGGAAACGUCCUCCAUGCGUGUGAGUUUGCCAGACAGGUAAAGAAAGAAGGCAUAAUCAGCGUGAGUUUGAAUCCAGGAAACCUGAUUACGGAUCUGCAACGCACAAUGCCUAAGUGGCAAUUAAUAUUUGUUAAACUGAUCGCCCAUGAUUCCAAAUUCGGAGCUUACACGGAGCUAUUCGCUGGUUUACAUCCGGAAAUAACUGAAGAAAAGACAGGAAGUUGGAUUGCGCCAUUCGGGCGAUUAUCCACUGCUAGGGGGGAUUUACUAGAUCCAGCCCUCGGGAAAAGGUACUGGGAAUGGACAAACGAGCAGGUUCAAACUUACCUGUGAAGAGAUAGUGUUGCGCGAGAUGAAGC